AUGGGGCAGAGCACAGUCCCUUUCUCCUUGCUUAUCACAGCAGAUCUGCAGAAACAGGGACUCACGUGUUUUUAUGACCACACUCAGCUGGUGGCCUGGGCAGGCACUGUGUUCUUCUGCCUCCCAUUGCAUGUGCUGUCCAUCUGCUUGGUUGUUCAGUGUGUCAUCCAGAAACAGAAACGCUGUGCUGUGCAUGGCCUCAUUAUUGCUAUCCCUAUCCCCAGGCUAGUCCUGGCCACUGAGGUGACUAGUGCAGGGCCAAGCGUUACGCUGCUCUUCAUGAUACGGGAGAGGCCGCUUACUAGUAAAAGGUUUGCAAGUCCUGCAAAGGGGAUGGGAGGGCAGACAGGUGGUGGGGAUCCAGCUGGAGAGAGGAGGGGAGAUGAGAAUAUCUCUUCACACCUGUACGAAGAAUUGACAUUUGAUUGUCUUUGUUCUGCAGGAAAAAUAAGAGUCAAUGCUGAAUGGCUGGUGGCCAUUUUCUGCACAGCCCUGAACAGCAGCACGUGGCGGAGCCCGCCUCACCAGAAAGCACUGAAAUUACUCAGUGACCUCUCUUUUCCUGAAUGCUACCUCAUCUGCACAGAGCAGAAAACUUCCUACCCAUGGUUUGUGUGCAAGAGUUUUGUCAGCAAAGAUUUUGCCUCUUCUGUGACUCAAGGAAGCCAGCUGCUAGGAAAGAGUGAGCUUGUCUGGUACCAUCUACUAUACCAGGCAUCCUUUGGAGACUGACCUACAAAGCAACGUAGGCUGAUCAGCACCAAGUCAUCUCUUACUUCAGCUGUAGUGGAGCCUGGCGUGAUGCUGGAUGACAAGUCUCCAUUCUCUACAGCUGCUUCCACCAUUUUCUCGGAAAUCCCAGAGGACACUGCUGACUAUGAUUCUAAAUCCUUCUAAACUCUAAUAAAGCUCACGGCAGAACACUUUGCCAAGAUCUCAUCCCAGACCCCUCACAGGACUGAGGGGUACAAAAAUUAGCACUGUUCGCUCUUGGACUCUUUAGAAUAUUCCAGCCAAUAACCCUGUGUGCACAUUUGCUUGUACAAGUUUCACUCUUAGACUGCUCAGCAAACUUGCUUCCUGCUGGCUGCCUGAGUCUUGCUUUAUUUUGGUCUGAAUUUGCAUAUUGCGUAGUUAUCUCGGCCUACGAACUGCUUUGGUUUCACUGGUUUUCAAUAGAAAACUGAAUUACAAAACCAAAUUACAGUUCUUAUGUAGUGGCUACAGCUUUGGUGUAAAUAACUAAACAGGACUGGGCCCAGUCAUCUUUUUUUUUACUUCCAUGGGGAAUCUUGAGGAAACUGUUGAUGCCAGACAAAAUAGUAAUGAUUUAGUAUUUGGUCAGGAGCCCUUUUUCUGUUGAGCCAGGCUUUAAUCAGCACUUACUCAUACUUCCUUGCUGGUGUUAAUACAGCCCACCACCACGAUCACAGACAACGUGCUACUUCUUUCAAGGAAAAAGGAGGUAACUGAAUAUUGUCUCCAAAUCCACUAGUUCAGCUGACACUGUCCUGUUACACUUCCUGCCAUCAUCUAUCAAGUGUUUCACUACUGUUUACUAUGAUAAACCACUGCCUGGUUUUGCUUCACAGGAAAUAAUUUCUGCGGUGAGACCAGGGAUUAAUAGUGCAUGUUGUAACUAGGCCCCUCACCUAAUUACGAUCGCCAACAGCAGCUGGCACCACACCUGUAUACCAGUUAUUGUAUAUGCCAUUUAUCCUACAUCUGGGCUUUACAGUCUGCCCGGUCUGCAGGCACAAAAGCCUGGGAGAAAUCUAUUCAUGUGAGCUGCCAGGAAAUUGUUAUCAAUCACUGGUCAUCAAAAUACAUCUGUGAUUGGUUUUUGGUCUUUUUAAUCAACUGUGAAGCAGAAGUGAAAGACAGGCAGUGGUAGAGUCUGAUUUAUAGCUUCUGUUUCACUUCGUUCCUGGAAGCAAAUGAAGGACUUGCGUAAAAGAGCCAGUGUGGGGAUGUGUUUGCUGUCAUAAAAUGGCUAAUUUGUAUAACUGGGAGAAGGCGGAACCAUACCUACCUGGGCAAACUGCGAGGUUAUAUUCUGUGGUCCCUGCUGGGCUUCUUACAAAGGUGGAAGUGCAGCGUGAGUCUGUAAUCCUGCCUCUGGGUGCCCUGUGAUACAGGGAGAGCAUCUGCUUCUACCCCAGUCUGGGCUCAUUGCAAAGGAGGAACUGUAGUAUAGGGCUCCAGUCCUGCUUCUCAGAUAAACUGUGAGAAAGUGAAGAUAUCUGCUUUCCUUCCUGAUCAGAACUUUCACUCCAGGAAGAGACCCAUGUCUCUGUACAGGAGGGCAAUGGAUCUGUUGAAGAGGCUCCUCAAUGCCCAGCCGCUUUCUCACGUGUCUUGAAAUCUGAAAUACAAGACAAAAUACCAGAUUUUCUCAUUUCACGGGGCAACAGCUAAUACCAUUCAUUCUGUGUCAGAGCAGCAGGAAGAAGAACUGAAUUUUAGAAUUUUAGAAUGGUUUCACACUUGAAGUUGUAACUCCAGAGGGAUUUGAACCCAUGAGCCCCGUGUGACAUUGUAAAAGCAGAGCAGACCACUCAUUGUCCAGAUUUACUGUGGGGGAUGGCAUCACAUCUGAUCUUUUAAUGGCGCAAAUAGCUCUGUUUUCCUCUUUGCAAUUACAGAACAAACAAGUUAUGGGUGAAUGAGCUGGAGUCUGCUCUGUCUAAUACAAAAAUAUUGCUGUUUGCUAAGUGAUAUUGUCAACAACAGUCUAUACAUAGAAGAAGUGUAAAAACUAAUUAAACCAGUAAGCCACAUUGCUCAUUAAGAAAUUGAUGGGUGACUGGCUGUCUGAGCCAGCUGGACCUGGAACUGUUAGUGAACAGUGCCUUGCCAUUAUUUUUGAAGUCACUUCUGAGAAUGUGACCUUCUGAUUUGACUGAAGCUUUGAAAUACAAUUCACAAGGUUUUACUAAUCUUUCAUAGAAUCAUAGAAUUGUUUAGGUUGGAAAAGACCUUUAAGAUCACAGCAUUUGCUCAAAACCUUCCCCCAGCUUUGGCUUGACUCUGAAGAGCAAUACCCUACCUACUUUGUGUGAUAUCAAAAGUGCACCGGACUAGUAUCUUCAGCUGGUUUGGUAUUUAAAAUACCAGUAAGUGGAAUUAAAACCAGCAGUAACUUCACUUGUCCAUGCUGUGUAGCUUCCACAUAAUUCACUGUGUAGUUCUCUGCCGAACUGCCAUUACCCCUAAAUGCAAAAACUUUCUGUCUCACUGAGCUGAUGCUAUCACUUUUUUUUCUAUAGUAACUAUCUCGGUUUUGACUGGGCACAGCCUUCCAUUGAUAUUUCUUGUUGGGAAGCUGAUGGACCCAGGACUGUGGCCUUAACUUUGCACCUGCUCUAGUACACACUUCCUGAAAGACUCAAAGGGCCACAUCCUGCUCAGAGCUCUCCAUGCUUGGAUUCCAUCAGAGUAAAGCUCUCCAAAACACAAGUAACUAGCAGGAUAGGGCAUGAUCUUCAAGAACAUCUAGGUUCCACUGAAGUCUGUGAGAUGUUCCCAAUUCACUUGCAAGCUUUGGAAAACAUUACAGAGACAGUGUCAUUUCCAAGCUUGCUGCAGUAUGCUGGCCAUCACUUAUCCUAGCUCUGAGGAAUUUUGGUUUCUACAGGAGGAAGAAUGGGUUACAGUUGAUAUCUCUAACUUGUGGCUUAGCGUUUCUCAGCAGUUAAACGACCGCCAUACAGAAUCCCUAUGUCCCAAUGUGAGGGUGAGGCUUACAAAGCCUAUAAAAUUCUUGCCAUCUUCGGUAAGUGCAAAUGACUGUAAAGGCUGUACCUGGCAGUGCUCUGGAAUGGCUGCUGUCUCAAAAACUAAGUGUUGCAAUUUGAUGCCUUCUCUUCCAACCAGCAGGCAAAGUUGUGGCACUAGUCAAUGUUUUCGGUGGCAUAUUUCAUUUCAAGCAAACAGUUAAGAUUGUGCAACCAGAGAGAACUGCGGUGAAAUUGCUUUUCGUUGCUCCAGAAUAAAACAAACAGCAUUCAUACUCUAGUCAUUGAAGCAUAAAGAUUUUUCUCUCUUCCUGGUUAUUUGAACUUCUACCUUGUGUCCUCUAGGGAAAGCAAUUUUAAAUUAUGAUUCAAACUAAACAGCUCAGCUCCGUAAA